AUGGCAAAGAAAGCCAAGUCACGUAUCAUCAGCGUGCGCCUCAUCUCGAUGGCUAUGACGGGCUACUUCUACACUUUUACAAGACCCCGAACGAGGAUGCCCAUGAGCAUGAUCAAAUACGACCCGAUUGUCCGCAGGAGAGUUCUCUUCCUCGAGCAAAAACGUUCCGGCAAGAAGUAA